AUGGCGGAAAGACACAUUCAAGUUACCGGCUCUGUGGGGCACGCACUUACACCCGCCAUUGGCGUCUCAAACACAACAGUGCCACGCGGCCUUGACCCCUCUGACUUGGCCACGACACUACAUCGCCUAACUUCAUCUUGCCGGGUAUCUUCAGUUGACUCUCCAAACGCCACGCUUGAGCCAGAACGCACAAGCGCCUCAGACAUUCCCUCAUCCUCCGCUUCAAUUCCUCCGCCCAUCACCGCAUCUGUCGGCCAGGCGAAGACACCUUCCCCCACCUUCCCGCCGCCGACUGACGUGCAACCCGGCCUGUACAUUACCGAGCUUGGAUCGAAUACGGCUAGUAGACCAGUGAUUCACCCGAGAGAAGAGGGAAACCCUGUUUAUCUAGCUGCUGCUCCCCCGACAUUCAUGAAUCGCAUGAGAUACGAGCGUCGCAAAAAGCUGGACCUCACCCCCAUGGAGACACCAAUUCUGGAGAUUCCUGCGAGGAAUGCAAUCGCUGUUAGAUCGGAGUUGGAGGUCCUCGGCAAGGGAUGGGUGCAAUACGUCCAUCCUGAAGGCAAUCAAUAUUUCCGCUACUAUAACUUCUAUACGUGUACGUGGUUGUUCAACACCAUGUAUCUCAAACAGAUCGAAAAAGCCGUCACUCUUAUUGAGGAGGAACUCGUGAAGCAGCUUGUUUCACCAGAAGACAUGGAGAUCGGAUUAGAGCUGUCCGUAGAUGAAGACGGGAACACCCUCGGAUGCUACUACAUCGUGAAUGCUAGGAAGGAGACUACAUUUUGGAUUGAUAAACUCGGGGCUGUGAAGACAAGGAUUAGAUCCGACUAG